CAGAAGGGUGAAUUAAAAGCUCCACGCCCAGCUUGAGUCAGUCAUGGCAGACUGGAGCCUUUUGGGAAACUUCCUGGAGGAAGUACAGGAGCACUCCACCUCUGUUGGCAAGGUGUGGCUGACCAUCCUGUUUAUCUUCCGCAUCCUGGUGCUCGGGACGGCAGCCGAGUCAUCAUGGGGCGAUGAGCAGGAAGACUUCAACUGCGACUCGGUGCAGCCGGGCUGCGAGAACGUCUGUUAUGACCGAGCGUUUCCUAUAGCACACAUACGAUACUGGGUGCUGCAAAUUGUAUUUGUUUCAACUCCGAGUCUAAUCUACAUGGGCCACGCCAUGCACACGGUUCGCAUGGAGGAGAAGAGGAGGAGCAGGGAGGAGGAGGAGGAUGCGGGUGGAGGAGAGAAAGAGGAAGACAAAGGAGGAGGUGAAAGGGGAGGAGGUGGAAGAAACAAGCAGGGAAGGAGUGCUGAGAAGGAUGAAGGAAAGGAAAAAGAUGAAGGUUCGUCUGCAGGUCGCGUUCGGCUGAGAGGGGCCCUGCUGAAGACAUAUAUACUGAGUAUUCUGAUCCGUACCAUCCUGGAGGUAGUGUUUUUGUGUCUGCAGUACUUUCUCUAUGGCAUCUUCCUCCAUCCUCUGUAUGUUUGCAAGGCGUUGCCGUGUCCGCAUCCAGUCAACUGUUAUGUCUCCAGACCCACUGAGAAAAAUGUCUUCAUUGUGUUCAUGUUGGCCGUUUCGGUCGUCUCCCUGGUGCUCAGCGUGCUUGAGCUGCAUCACCUGGCAUGGAGACACUGCUGCAGGAAGUUCUUCUCCUCAAAGAGUGUCACGUCUGCUAACACCUCCAUGGUCCGACAGAUCUCCAUGUCUCCACCUCGACCGUCAACCCCACCUCCUGAUUUCAAUCAGUGUGUGACUGGCUCCUCGCAAUUCCUCCCGCUCCCCUUCCCUAACAACGGACUGGCCUCUCAGCAAAACUCCGAGAACAUGGUGACGGAGAAGAGGGCCGCUGCAGUCGAGGAGGCAAACUUUCUCCACAUUAAUUAUUAUUCAACCAAAUGGGAGAACUGUGGAGACGGCCAGAUUCAAGACGGAGUGUACCUGAGUUCUGACAGUAACAGCUACAGUCCUGAGAGAAAAGACAUGAUGUGCCUCCAGAUCCAGAGCAAUGGCACAGAUGGGCUGCUGCUGAAGGACAAGCGAAGAUUCAGCAAAACCAGUGGAACAAGCAGCCGAACAAGAGCGGGCGAUCUCUCAGUUUAGAAAUCAAAUCACAGAUAGACUCCAGCUACAGUACCCUUUCAACAGGAUUCAUAACUCUUGACUUUUUUCUCACCCUCUUGUGAUUCCAUUGGCUUUACAAUUGGGGAUGUUGGAUUAGGAAAAUAAAGGCUUAAAUGCUUAAAUGCCACUACUACAGUUAACUACAGUGAUGAUGUGUUGAAGUUGAUGUACAAUUUAUGUGAAUGUGUCAGAGCUGCUGGGUUUGAUGAGAAUCUUUGAUAACUGUCUUGGUUACUGAUUCACUGAAACCAGGACAGUUUCAGUGAAUCUUGUCUUCAGACAGUAGCUACAUUUCCACCAUAAAUGUGUCUAAAUCUUUGUCUAUUCUGCUAAUGUAAAAAAAAAAAAGACAAUUUCUCAAUUUCAAUGUUUCCGUUAAAUUAGAAAUGAAAUAAAAAUCACAUUAAGCUUGUUCACAUGAUAAGUCAUUAAAAAUCAUAGCAACAAUGGAUGGAAACAAUUACAUGAGAUAUAUUCAUGUUUCAAACAUGGCCCUAGUGCUGGUAUCAGCUAUCGCAGAAGACAUCUGCGUUUUAUUCAAGCUUCGGGCCAACAAGCACCUGAUAGUUGGGAACAACUAGGUAUGAGGCAUUUUGAGGAAAGUGGUCAGUGAUUUUACAGAAGAGCUAUGAAUUCAACACUUUGGAAUGACACGACUUUGAGAUGCUGUGAGAGCGCUGGUGGAGCCAGCUGCUCAUUGUCUAUAAAGUAAAAGACAAGCCAUCAUUCUCCUGCCACUUCCUGUUGUCUUCUUUGUCAUUUUAGCCAGUAGUAACAUCUAGCUGUUGAUUGCGUGAGUCAUGUGAUAUAAAUAAAGGGUUUUUUCAUUGCAGUUUCACAAAGUACCUCUAUUUCAAGAGAGCCAAAGAAAUCACCUGAUUCUAGCACAAAACCUUUUAUCAAAAAACAUGCGAUUUUGAGAAAUUGUCGUAUUUCCUCCAACAUAUUUUUGUACUUUCAAUUUGCACUUUUCUAUGGUUAAUGGAAACACGCCUAUUGAUAGCCUCUCAAACGAUUUCUGUAGUUCUUUUUAGACGAGGUGCUAUGAAGUUAUUAGUAGGUCCCUCAUCUGUUGCACAAAACGUAAUAUAAGCAUGAGAUUGUUGGUCACAUAAACACAUUGUUGGUGUGGGGGAAGCUAACGGCUAGCUACACAUGUACCAUCUGUUACACUUGGUGCUGUUUUCUUUUUAGAUUUUGAAAUAGUAAUAAUAGUAUUGUUAUUUGUUACUGCAGAUCACUUGGAAAUCAUCAGUCUAUUCUAGCUAUGCCGAGAAUGGAGUAAAUCAUUAGAUUUUGUAUCACUUGUACUACAGCAUACUUUGGUAAAAUAAAAACCUUUGCUCUA